UGUAGCGCCUCCAGCGGCAGCGCCGGAGAACUGCAGCCGUUUAACUCGUUCCUCGCCCGCUGUUUGUGUCCUAUCGGUGGAAGAUGGCGACCAGAGUCCUUCAGAGCUCCUGCUCAGGCCUUCAUCAGGCCAAACACGGACACCUCACCGCUGUUAUCAGGGGUCUGUCGGCGUCUAAUAACCGGAAUCGAGAGGACAGCUGGUUCAAAUCACUGUUUGUGCGGAAGGUGGACCCGAGGAAAGACGCUCACUCCCAUCUGCUAGCCAAGAAAGAGGACAACAACUUAUAUAAAAUCCAGUUUCACAACGUGAAGCCCGAGUGUCUGGAGGCCUACAACAAGCUCUGUGAUGAGGUGCUGCCGUCCAUCCACAGCGACCGGAGCUACCCGUGUGAGCUGGUGGGCACCUGGAACACCUGGUACGGAGAGCAGGACCAAGCUGUGCACUUGUGGCGGUACAGAGGAGGAUAUCCAGCGCUGACUGAAGUCAUGAACAAACUGAAGAAUAACAAGGAGUUCCUGGAGUACCGGAACGAGAGGGGCAAGAUGCUGCUGUCUCGCAGGAACCAGCUGCUGCUGGAGUUCAGCUUCUGGAACGAGCCGGUGCCCCGAGACGGACCCAACAUCUACGAGCUGCGCUCCUACCAGCUGAGACCCGGGACCAUGAUUGAAUGGGGCAACUAUUGGGCGAGAGCGAUCAGCUACCGGCAGCACAACCGCGAGGCGGUCGGCGGCUUCUUCUCUCAGAUAGGAAACCUCUACAUGGUGCAUCAUCUCUGGGCGUAUAAGGACCUGCAGUCCAGAGAGCACACGAGGAACGCCGCCUGGCAGCACGAGGGCUGGGAUGAAGUCGUCUAUUACACCGUGCCGCUCAUCCAGCACAUGGACUCCAGGAUAAUGAUCCCGCUCAAAGCGUCUCCGCUCCAGUAACGCAUCCAUCGCAAUCAUCACGUCUCGUCCCCAUGAGCUCCAGACCAGACCGCGACAUCGGAUACGUUCACUGCCGUGAUUAACUCGUGAUGUCAACCGACGUCACAUACAACACACUCGUUCUGACCAUAGAAAUUGUCUAAAAGUUGCACCAGCAAACCAAAUUGAAUUUGUAGGAAUGAAGGCAGUGACUGUAAGUUUUAAGGAGACAUAUCUGAAAUCUGCUGGUUAUGUGAAUCUGUAUAUUGCUAGGCUUGGAAAAACAGCCUUGGAUCUGUUAAAUAAAGUUUCAUUGGAAUUUGUAAAGGAUAUCAAAGAAAGUGCAUUGCAUUACCACACGUUUAGACUAUGAACCCUUUUUAGUUUGGCGGGCGAUACAUCUUUGAUUCAUCAUGUUUCAAAACAAACAGCAUAUAAGAAUGCCUUAGUUAAUGCAGACGUGUAUGAUAAUUUACUGUUCUCCCUGCUGAGAAAGCACUGUAACUGUGCUCGAGUGCUGCAAUCUAUUCAUGUAUUUAUUGCAUAUUUAUAAGCUGUAAAUAUAAACCCCACAUGGAGAGGAUUUUAUGUUUUUGUAACCACAGAAUCCAUCCUACAUAUUCUGUGAAUCAGAUCUGGACGAGCCUCACUGGGGACAGGCUGUGUGCAAAAUUAUUUUGUUUUGUUUAGAAAUUGUUUUUAUUUAGUUGCUGUAUUUUUAUUCUGUUUCCACAUAGACGUGCUUUUUAAAUGCCUUUUUUUUGUUGUGAAAUGUCUGCAGUUUCUGGUUGAAGCUGCUCACUGACAGACUGAUUUAGUUUUGUGUGUGAUCGCAGCAUGCUCAGUCUCCCGAACACUGAUCUGAUGGGGAUUUAACAGCACAAGAUGUUUCAAAUCAAUUCAAUACUGUAAUAAAUCCUAAAUGAUCA